AUGCCCAAUCCCACACCGUCACCCCGUCCCAUACUCGUACUUGGAGCAGGUAUAAUCGGGCUUACUACCGCCCUCCGCCUCCUCCGUUCACCCCUAUGUACGACAUACAGCUACACCGUCCAUAUCCUGGCAGACCACUGGCCGACCGAUGGGCAUGCGGCGGGGUAUGCGAGUCUCGCGGCGGGGGCGCAUCAUCUGAGCUUUGCGGAUGAUGCUGAUUCACGGCAGAGGGGGUGGGACUGGAAGAGUGAGUCACUCUCAUCGAGGACUCGGAGAGCUGCUGAUAGAGCAGCGUUUGAGACCCUGUAUGCCGAGUGGGAGAGAGUUGGGGAGGAGACGGGAUUGAUGAGGAUCAAGCAGACCGAGUAUAUGUCCGAAGGCACCCAUCUGAAGAUAUACGAGCAGCACCCGGACUUUGUCGUGAACGACCCCACGUUCUUACCUGCAGGCAUAGCCCACUCUGUCUCCUUCACAUCGCUCACCAUCACCCCGCUCACAUACCUCGCGCACCUCCUCCGUCUCAUCCGCGCCCACCCCAAUGUGCGGCUGCACCGCGCGCACCUCCCAUCCCUCUCGUCCCUCUCCUGUCCGCCUAUCUUAUCGCUCCUCGGUCAGCCCCCGGCCUUAGUCGUCAAUUGUACAGGUAUCGGCUCGGCCUCGCUCGGCGGCGUGUCUGACACCCAGGUCCAUCCGGUCCGGGGACACGUCGUGCUCGUCCGUGCGCCCUGGGUGAAGGAGGGGUUCACGAGGCAGAUCGGGAGUCUGAAUGGGGCAGAGGGAGGGGAGAGGACGUAUGUUAUUCCGAGGGCGGACGGGACGGUUGUUCUGGGCGGGACGAGGCAGGUGGGGGAUUGGGAUACUGCGCCGACGAAGGAGGAUAGGGAGGGGGUAUUGAGGCGUGCGUUGGAGAUCUGUCCGGAGCUCUUGCGGGCCGGCACUGGUUCUGAUGGGAAGAUGGUGGCAGACAGUGGAGAGGGAGAGGAGAGGGGUAGGGAUGGGUUUCGGAAUGGGAAUGGGCGUAGGUGGAAGAGGCUGGAAGGGAUGAUGGUGGAUGAGGUGGUGGGACUCCGGCCGCAGCGAUACGGCGGGAUCCGGCUGGAGGUGGGGGAAAGUGUGAAGCUGGACGAUGGAAAGGAGGUGAAGGUGGUUCAUAAUUAUGGACAUGGAGGGGCGGGGUGGCAGAGCUGCUGGGGAUGUGCGGAGGAUGUGGUGAGGCUUGUACAGGCGGAGCUAGGGACGGAUCUUGGGUCGGCGAGGGCGAAGCUGUAG